AUGAUUACCGUACGGUUGCUCUUGAUUUUGUUCCUCUUUGGUUCGUCCGAAGCUGGAAAGCUGUUGGUUAUUCCAUCAGAUGGAAGCCACUGGAUUGGCAUGAAGCCUAUUGUGGAGGAGCUGGGGAGGAGAGGGAACCAGGUGUUGGUUGUCAUCCCAGAGGCGAGUAUGAGCAUGGGUCCAUCAGAACAUACCACCACUCUUACUUACCCAGUGCCCUACACUAAAGCUGAGGUAGAAGAGGACUUAGCAAAUCAACUGAACAAUAUUUUGAGUAUUGAUAUGUCUACAGACCUGGCCAGGAUCCAGACAUUCUUCAUUUCUCUGGAUUUACUACAAAGUUUUAUUGUGAGGAGUGCAGAGAGUCUGCUCUUUAACAAGCACCUGAUGAAGAAACUGAAAGACUACAACUUUGACGCUAUUCUCACAGAUCCAUUUGAGCCUGUUGGAGUUAUUGUGGGUGAAUAUCUCUCCAUUCCAGCUAUUUAUAUGCAAAUAAACCUUCCAUGUGGAGUUGACAGUCUUGCAAGUAAAUGCCCAAGUCCAUCCUCUUAUGUUCCACAACCUUUAACUCAUUUUACUAACCGUAUGAGUUUUUGGCAAAGAAGUGUAAACAUGGCAAGGACUCUGAUGCAACCCAUGGCGUGUAGACAUUUGUUUACUCGUGCAGAUGAGAUUGCCUCACGCUUACUUCAGAGAAAAACAUCUGUGGUGGCGAUCAUGAGCCGUGCUGAUCUUUGGUUUAUGCGUUUUGACUUUGCCUUUGAGUUUCCACGGCCGCUGAUGCCCAACAUGGUCAUGAUUGGAGGGAUGGCGACCAAAAAAACAAAACCUUUGUCACAAGUAAGCCUUCAUAAUAAAAUCUACAACAUUAUUAGUACUGUGUACAUCUGA